AUGGCCGAGGGCAGCUCUGGCAGUGCAGUGAGCUGUGCAGCAGAGAUCGCUUGGGGCAUUUCUGUCGAUGCAGGAAAUUCCUUGGGCCAAACCUCUCUCUUCACUGCUGCGUUGCUCGGUCUGGGUAAAAUAGUGGAUGUGCUGUUGGAUUAUGGCUCAGACCCUAACCAUCGCUGCUAUGACGGAAGCACCCCGGUCCACGCAGCUGCCUUCUCGGGAAAUCAGUGGAUUCUUAGCAAGUUACUAGAUGGAGGAGGUGAUCUGAGAGUGCAUGACAAAGAUGGAAGAAAUCCACAAUAUUGGGCAAUGUCAGCUGGAAAAGAAAGUAGUGCCCAGAUAUUGGAAUUCAUACAGCGCUGUUCAUCACACAUGCAGGCCGCCAUUCAAAAUUUUCCCUCUGAUCUGCUCAGGAAGGUUGACUCUCCAAAAGCCCUAAUCUGUAGUCCGUCCAGGUUUGGUGCUCUUGUUCAAGGAAAUGUUGAGAAUCCUCUCAGUAGAUUUCUGAAAGGUGGAGCUAAUUCAGCUAGGAACAUUUACAGCUUUGGUUUUGGGAAGUUUUAUCUUACAGGCAGCAGACAUCUUGGGUACUUGGCCUCUCUCCCUAUUAUUGGGGAAAAAGAAGUGGUCCAGGCAGAUGAUGAACCAACAUUUUCCUACCAUGUUGGACCAUACAUGGUCAUGACAAACUCAAUGUGGGGAGGCAGCAGAGUUACAGUGAAGGAACUCAGCUUUGAGCCUCAUCAGAACUGCAGUAAACUGCGUUUCACUGAUCUUCUCAUUGCAGAGCAGGAAUAUAGCAGUAAACUUCGUCAUCCUCAUUUGCUGCAGUUGAUGUCUGUUUGUCUGUCUAGUGACUUGGAGAAAACCCGUUUAGUGUAUGAGAGGGUUAACUUCGGUUCUCUGUACAGCAUCCUGCAUGAACGGCGUUUGGAAUUCCCUGUGCUGCGCAUGGAGACAAUUCUACAUCUGCUGCUUCAAAUUAAUGACACUUUGCGUUUUUUACACUCCCGUGGCUUCAUUCACCGCUCAGUUACCUCCUAUGCUAUUCAGAUUGUCUCUUCUGGUGAGGCAAAGUUAUGCAACUUGGAAUACAUGAUAGAGAGCAGAGAUGGAGGAGAACACAGUGACCUGACUCGUAUUCCUAUUCCAGUCCAGCUGUAUAAAUGGUGCUCUCCUGAAGUAAUCCUUGAAAAAACUGUCACAGUCAAAUCAGAUAUUUAUAGCUUCUGUGCAGUAAUGCAGGAGGCCUUGACAGAAACUCUUCCCUGGAAUGGUCAUGAAGACUCAGUUAUUAAACAGCUCAUAAGUUCGGGGCAGUAUUUAGAAGCGGACGUCAGACUUCCAAAACCCUAUUAUGAUAUUGUAAAGUCAGGGCUAGAACCUAAGCGGAAGAACCGUUCCAUGAACCUUCAGGAUAUUCAGUAUUUGAUGAAGAAUGACUUAAAGGACUUGACUGAGUCACAGACUGGUCGUGCUGAUGAAAUACCAAAAGCGCAAAGGUCUGCUGUCCUGGCUGACAUAAACAUCUGUCUGGCGUCAGCUUUUAACUACCAGAAAAGAACACUGGGAUUGGAAGGAGAAGAGAUCACAGAGAUGGGCAAUUCUGCUGCCCAGAGAUACUCUGGUUUUCGUGAGGAGUGUGAGGCAUUAGUGGAUGCUGAGACACCAAGCAGUCUGCAGCCAGCUGCACAGGAGAAAGCCCAUCAUGAUGUAGCUUCUGAACUGCAGGUGACCUGCAGUGUCAGUGAUGUGGACGAGAGCCUCUGCAGCUUUGAAAUGAAUGAAAUCUUUGCCGAUUACGCAGAAUUGCACGAAGACUUUCUGGAAGAAGGCACUGUGUUAGGCCAUAAUCUGAAGGAUAAAAAAGGGCAGCAAAAAGAAGGUAAGGCUGCGCUCAGAGACCUAUUUGCAUCCCCUGGAAGGCUCUAUGAGGAAAAGCCAGUUUAUGAGGAAGGUAGCUUUUCAGAAUCAGGUACAGAGCACACGACAGAAGAGGAAGAAAGAUUAAGUGAGGCAUCUGAGCUGUGCAAGCGAUCGCAAGUGGGAGGAGAUGCAGGGAAAAGAAUGAGUAGUCCAUCCCAGAUUGGGCAGCACAUCAGCAAAUGUGUCCUCAAUCUAAAGAUUGCUCAGAGCAUGUUACAGCAGGCAUCAGGAUCCCUGUGCAGAACAGAGGAGAAACUAAACAGAUUAGAGACCGCUGAGAAGCAAAAGAAGCUGCUCCAGGAAAACCAAAUGAAUGAGAUUUCUAAGCGGGUGUUUCUAGAAAGAUUCUGGAACAGAUCUGAUGACAAUCCUCAAAAUACCAAUAGCUCAUUUUCCAAAGUUAAUGCCUUUGUAUGGAAGGCUAUAGGUCCACCUUCAAGUAACUAUAUUCCACCACUGAUAGCCUGUCAGACACAAGGAAUUUUGAGUGAAGACCAUUUCCAAACUAUUCCAAAGGCAGCUGAGAGAACAUGGGCAAUCCCGAAUGAGCAGGGAAAGUGCUUUCAUCAAAGGAAUAAGACUGAAAAUGAAGACAGACUCAACUUCAGCGCAGAGAAAAGCCUGGAUGAUCGAAUGGACCUUGAUCAUGAGCAAUUACUCCCACGUGUAUCUCAGCGAGGCAAAAAAAAGUUCAACUUGCAGCCUCAGAAAGGGGGUGAUUCACGUCCUGCAGCAAGUGGAACUGAAGAAGAAAGGUGGUGCUGUCCCAAAUCAACGCCUGAAACUUACAGUGCCAAAAUAAGUGAGGAGAGAAUGAUGCAAGCAGAAUGGAGGACUGAAGUAAAACACAUGGCCAGAAGAGUGGCUUCAGGGCAACUAGAACUCAUCUCUCCAUAUCCUCUCAGUGAAUAUACAUCUGAAAGUGAAGCUGAGAGCGUAAAGGAAGCCUUUCAACAUGUCACUAUCAGAGCCCAAAAAAGUCAAGACUGGCAAAAAGUUGGCAGGUGGAAGGCAGGUGAAUGUGUCUGGCAUCUGGGUGGCGAGGGGAGGUCUGAAUCUGAGGAGAGUGAUCUGGAAUCUGCAUUCAGAAGUUUUGGAGGGAGAAGUUGCCAGUCACCAUCCGAAGAUGAGCAAGCAGAGCCUGGAACGGCCCAUCCAAAGAAUCCAGUCAUUCCUCAACAAGUUGAGAAUCUUUCCAGUGGGCAGUCAAAGGAAUUGCAUUGUUUCCCUGAUUCAUCUCCUGAUGUGUCCGAAGAAUUUUUGACUCCUGAUCCUGAUUAUUUCUUUCCUCCCACUGUUCAAGUAAACUCAGAACUAGAGACCUCAGAUCCUGAGGACACAUUAGAAGAUACCCAAGAAGCCUAUGCACAGAAACAACUACCUGGUGGUGCUGGAUCAGGAGGAAAAAUAUUAUUCUGCAGCACAGCAGCACAGAAUUCUGGCAGUAACACAUUAGGAGUGAAUCAGCUUAGCCAUAUGCCUGUAGCCAGUGUUGAAGCAGCACAAGAAGUGAUGCUACAGGAGCCACAGAAGGAAUCCAGAGAGAAAGAUGUAUCACUGACAGAUAUUCAGGAUUUGUCAAGUAUUUCCUGUGAGCAAGAGAGCUACUCUAAGGCUAUGAAGUGUAAGACACCCAGAGCGAGUCACGCACCGACGAGCGUCAGCACCCCGCUCAGCUCAGAGGAAAAGCUUCCAGUAGCCAUCGAGAGAUACAGACACCGUCAUGAAAUAGAGAUGGAUCCGGCCUCUUGGGUUUCCCAAGAGGUUUCCUCUGCAGUGUCCAGCACAUUCACUACAGCUUACGAAGAAGGAAGGGACACUCAGAUUACUUCUGGUUCUUCAGAAACUUGCUCCUCUGGAUUGAACAAGCCCUACCUUAAGACCAGGAAAAAGUCUCAUGAAAAAAGAGGAUUGAAGAAGUUUGGUUUACCUUGUUUCAUUCUGUAUGAUCUUGCACAGAGCAGGUUGUCAGUAAUUGCUUCAUCUGUGAGAAGCACCAGGAAGGAAUCAGCACUGUCACAGACAUCUAACCACUUCACUGAUGAGCUGCCUCCACCAGCCCAAGAGCUGCUGGAUGAAAUUGAAUAUUUGAAGCAGCAAGAUUGCACCACUCAAGACUUCAAAGAGGAGGCAUUGCAUGACUGUGGUGUGCCAGUAAAAGUUUCUGAUCAAAUUAAGAUAGAAGACGGAGAGGCAAAAAAGGAAACUAAGAGGAAUGAGAAGAGAGAUCAUAGCUUAUGGACUGAAGAGACGUUAAAUCUAACAGAGGAAACAGAAAGGGCUCAUUCUACUCUUGAUGAUAUUUUAGAAAGAAUGCGUCAUACGGUUCCUGAAGAUGGGGAGAAACAAGAACUUCAAGUGCACACUCCUAGGUUAGUCGAUAAUUGA